GAUCAACGCAAUUUAUUUUUCUUCGCCAAAACCAGUUUAUUUUGGACAUAUUUACACAGGUGAAUACUUGGACCAUCUUCACACGAAGUAUAAACACUUGAAGACUGUUUAUAAUGGCAGGAGAAGAAGAAAUAAUAGCCAAAUCUCUCCUUAUUACUCCCGGGAGUGAUUUGGACGGUGGGAGCGAUUUGACACGACGCCGGGGAAGGAGUAGCAGCUGGUGGUGACGUGGGAGUGUUGUGUUGACAGGCGGCGGCCCAGCGGUGCUUCCUGCCAGUUUGUUAUAUGGACCAGCCAUGGGGGAAGAACAGGUGCCUUCAGGGCUUGUGGAUGCUGUCGACAGCCUUAAAGAAGCACUGAAGGCUGGCCGCACUGACAUAUUCCGGAAAUUGUUGGAUGCAUGCCAGACGGAAAGUUAUGGUGGUGGACCUGAAGCUAGAAAGCAGCUCAUUAAUAGUCUAGCCACUGAGGAUGGGACUUUUCUGCACAUGGCCACCAAGCUGGGUCGUGGAGACAUAGUGCGUGCCCUGCUAGCUGCUGGAGCAGAUCCUGGAGUGCAGGACACUGGAGGCAACACCCCUUUGCAGCUGGCUCCCUCCCCAGCCAUCACUGCAAUAUUCACUGAAGAACUACUCAGGGCCACUGCACAGUCAGAUGUUGGACGAGUAUGCCAGUUGGUGGCAGCUGGUCUGAACAUCAAUUCCCAUGACAACCCACUGAGCCGCAACACUCCUCUACACUGGGCUGCCUCCUUUGCUGAUGCUGAUACUCUUGUUUGUCUCAUAGCUCGUGGUGGUGAUGUAAAUGCUGCCAACAGCGAUGGAGCAACACCUUUGCAUGAUGCUGUGGCUCGGGGAGAUGAGUCCAUUGUGAAAAUCCUGCUACAGCAUCAAGCCAAUCCUUAUAUUCAGUGCUACAAAGGCCGUCAUAAAGGAAAAACUGCCUUAGAGAUGGCGUCUAGAAAGCAUAACCUCCAGGCCCUUGUGGAGGAGCACACUGCCAUUAACAAACCAGCGCAAGUUAAUGGCAUGAGCAAUGGAAGUGUAUCCCCGCUGUUAAAACGUUGCUCUAUCUCAGACAGAGAUCUUGGGCUUUCUCGAGGGGCCUCAGGGUCUUUAGAAUCUCUUACAAGUUUAGGUGCUGACAGUGUUAUGACUGGACUAGAAGGAAUCAAUACCUCAGAGCCUCAGAACUUCAGACAGCCAUCAGUCAACUCCCCUGAGCCUCGCUCCCCAUUGCAAUCAUCAUCAUCUUUAGAACUUAGCCCAGGGAUGGAACAGGUGUGUGAACGACUGGCAUCAACCCAGCUCACAGGACCCCCACGCCCUCUCGUCACCCAUCCUUCACUUCAUCUGUUAUGGCCUCAACCUCGCCGCAUCACUGAGCUGAAUGGUGCUGCCUGGUCACCACCCUCUCAUGCUACACUAGCUGUUGUGACUGGUGCUAUUCCUGUGCAUAAGAUUGUGGAUGUGUGGGAUAUCCACAAGAUCUGGCUGGAAGAGGUGGGCUGCCGUGUAUCCUUGGGGACUGUGGUGGGUGUCCGUGAUCCUCCUACUCAGCACACCUUCACCUGUAUAGUGGACUCAGCCCUCACCUCUCACCCCCACCAGUAUACCCUCACUGUACAGGACAAUAAGGUAACAAUGGUGUGUGGAUCAUUAGAGAGCUUGCACAGUGCCUUAGUGACUCUAGUACAACUACUGCGGGUGUGUACAUCAACCACUGAUGGAAGUGAGAAGUGCAGCGUGCCUCCAGUCGUCAUAACGGACCAACCUUCCCUUGUGCACCGAGGAGUUUUGAUGGACCUCUCUCCUCAUGCCCGUGUUCCCAUCUUGGAACGUGUAUAUCAAAUGGUGGACUCCCUGCUGGCUCUGAAAAUUAACCAGUUGCAUCUUUUGCUCAAACUAACACCUACAGCCUGCAGCCAGCCAUAUUCUCCCAGUGAAAUUGUGUCACUAGACCGAUACUGUAGUGACCGAGGAAUCACUUUGGUCCCAGCUUUUGACAUUGAGGAUACUGUUACCACUGGCCAAGUGAACAGUCUGACAGGAGUGAUCACUGCCACUCUCACCCACUUUCCUUCUGCAAGAUAUGUUCAUAUUGGGCCAAGACUGACAGCAUUUUUAGCAGAUGCAAGCACCUUAGAAAACUCAUACAGUCCAUGGAGCCAUUUGGGUCUUACUCAGUCAACAGUACUCCUGGUUUGUGCCAAUGUUUUCCAUAACAAAAGAAAACAUUUAGCACAUCUUCCUCCAAGUGCUAUUUUGGUGGAAUAUGGCUUCCAGGCUGAUUAUGAUUUUUCCUGUGGUGUUCAUCUUGCUGUGGAGACAGGACGUCCACUGGCAGUGUGUCCUGGCACAGCAGCAUGGAGCAGCCUCAGUGGGUGGCCUGAAGCUGGAGUGAGCAAUGUGUAUAGUGGUGUGGUGGGAGGAGUGGAUGGAGGAGCUGUAGGAGUGGUGGUAGCCCAUUGGUCCAGCAGUGCUGCCCUGACACCAUUUGUUUUUGCCUGGCCACCUAUACUUGUAGCUGCUGGACUGUCGUGGAACCACAACACACAUUGGGACUAUGUGCAUUCAUCUGUGGGUGCUCUGGUGGACACUCACCUGGUGCGAGUACAAGGAUGUGGUCUAGGGGCAGCCCUGGUUGAGCUUGGUCGUUGUGAGACUUGGCUUACACGGAUGUCUCGGGGACAGUCACCCUCAGAUGUUACUGAUUUGCCAUCUUCAUCUCCUGGCUCAGCUCUCUAUCAGCUCCUGGCGGAUCCAGAUUCCCUUCCCCUAGAUAAUCUCACAACUGAUGUUUUCACUAGUGUGAUGCGUCACGUGAGGCGAGCCUUGCGGGAAGGUGGCACUGGAGAACCACAAGGUGUUAGCCUGGCUUCUGCAGCCUCCCCAUGGCCACUCUCUACUCUGAUGGUGUUGGAACUCCAUUUAGCAAUGGAUAUGAUCCUCACUGCUUGCAGGUUGGGGAGGUCGCUGGUGUCAGUGGGCACCAAUCCACGUAGUAAUAUGGGAGUGGCUGUUGUCAACCCUGGGGUGGGCAAUUUACCUGCUACUCUACGUACUGAUCUAGCCAACAAGGUCUUGUCUGUAAGAGAAGUGUACAGUUCAGUGUGGAUACAAGGCCAACAGGCAGCAGGCCUUCAGUCAUCAUUGUUGGUCCUCACCUCUCUUCUGGCACGCCUCCUUCCAGACCACUCUCUUCCCACCUCCUAAGCAAUGACCUACAACUUUUGUUGCUCCAUUGUUGAGUAUAUUUAUGAAAAGGUUAUUCUUGUUUAUGAGUAUAUGCUAUUCUGAAGAAACAUUGCGUCAAAGUAGAUCAUGUUUGCCAGCUGUGAAUACAUGAAUUCAUCAUGGAAUUGAUUUAAGAAUCAAGUGUAUAUUUUGAAAGAUAUUCUGUCAUACAUACUGCUAUCUUGAAAGUACAUUAUUUGUUGCUUAUGUCUGUGGAAACCAUUUUUAUACAAUUUGAAGUUCACAGUUUACCAUUGAUUAUAUAUUUCAUAUGGAAAUUUUUUAUUUAUUCAAUGUAUGUGUAUUGUCAUGAACUAUAGAUUGUUGGUAAUGAAUAAUUUUUUUAGUUGAACAACACAGAUGCAAAAAAUUGUAAUUAUGUAUAAUGCACUGUUCUAUUUCCAUGCCCAAAAGUAAUAUCAUAUCAUAAUGAGAUGUAUGCAUUUAAUAAUAGUUUAUUUAUAGAUAACUUGCUGAAGAUUACAUCAUCUAUUAUUUCCAUCAAGUAUUAAUAAUAUUGAAUGUAUUUAAUGAGUUUUAUUUCAUAAUUAAUAUCAAAUAUACUAUACUAUAUAGUAGAGAAAAGUCACUUUGCAGGUUGAGGAGAAACACCAAAAAAGUUUAUCCUCAAAGCCAGCUGCUCAGCAUUAUUAUAGCAAACCAAUAAACACUGGUUUGUUGGAAAAUUCAGUGGUGCUGCAAAAAAUCUAAAAGUUAAGGUAGUUUUCAUCAGUCUAACUACUACGAGUAUGUCAUGCAUUUAAUUAUGCAUAUAUUAGAAGCAGGUUUCCUUGCCAAAAUGUAAGAAAACUAUUUGAAAGAGCAUUUAAUAACCAGUAGGCAGUAUACACUGACAUCUAGAAAACAUGAAUAAUGAAGUAUUUUUGAAUGCCUGAUCUUGGCAAUUAUGUAGUCUGGUUUAUAUUACAGUAUUAUUUUGUGAGUUAUCAAUCAAUCAAAUAUGAGUGAGUGAUCACAAGUGCACAUUUUCUUUGAAGCAUUCACUUUGAUUUUUAAAACAGAAAAUAAUUUUGCUCCUUGUGGAGCUAGUGCUUUUAUGUGUACACAUUUUUAAGACUUCAAAGCAUGUAGCUGUUGCAGAGCUUUUUAAAAGUUACAUAAUUGUAUGAUUUUUUUUGCUGUAACAAUAGAAAGUUUUCACAUUGAAAUCAUUGGCAGCAUUGCAAAUUGUCAAGUUGAAUCAUGACUGACCUGUUGUGCUGCUCUUGUAUUUCUCCACCAAAGUUGUCAAUGUCUCAUUAGUAAUGGUUCAGCACAUAAAUGCACACAGUUGAUACUACAAGUUGUAACCAUGAAACAUAUGAUUGCUGCACAUAUGAGAAACAUGUAAAAAAAAGUGUAGGUUGUGUAAGGUUAAUGUGGGAGUCUUCAUAGAAAAGUCUAAAAACAUUGAAGGAGUAUCUGAUAUAUGUCUAUCUGCAUUCCUUGCAAGUUUUGAACAAUAAGAAAUUGUAAAGUACAGAUCAUUGUGUAAUUUUCUCUUUAGUUUGCUUCAAGCACAUUCCUGUUUAGUAUCAUAAUAGAAUGUGAAGAUAAAAUGGAACAUUUUACUCAAGGAGCAAGGCUGUUUCCAUUUGUCUUGCAUUUUGAGUGGUCAUCUAAUAUCCUGAUCAGCCAAAGGAUAUGUAGUCAUCAUUCCAGAAAUUUUUUUAUACUUGUGCUUUCACAAACAACAGAAGAUACUAAGUAGUUGUUAAAAUAUGUAGAAAGGUGAGGACACUUUUAACAAAUUAAAAACAGUUGAAAUGUAAAUGUUUUGAGGAAUUGCAUAUAUUUUCUUAUUUAACUUAAUAAGAUGUGUUUCUUGUAAACAUUUGUUUUCUAUUUUAAUAAAAUAUUUAUCUUCAGAA